ACAAUAUAUACACAGAAGAAGCACAGGAUACACACAGAAGAAGCACAAGAUACACACAGAAGAAGCACAAUAUAUACACAGAAUAAGCACAGGAUACACACAGAAGAAGCACAAUAUAUACACAGAAGAAGCACAGGAUACACACAGAAGAAGCACAAGAUACAGACAGAACAGGAUACACACAGAAGAGGCUGCGAACUCCGAAAACUCCAAGGACUGUAUACAGAGGCACAGCAGUCCCCGUCCUCCUGUGUGAGUCCUGCAGUCAGCUCCACAGUGCAGCAAUGACACAGGCAUUCCUAGCAUUGUAGUUCAAGAUCUUCCUACAGAUCCUAUUUAUGUCCGAUCUGGAGCUAAACUUAGAUACAAGAACAGAACUUGGAGGAGCCAGGAGACCCUCUGACUACACACAGGGGGAGGCAGAAUCCUCCCUAUCUAUAUAGUGGAGGUGGGGGGAGGGGGCUUGACAUACAAAGACAUUGGAGAGCCUGGAGCUGCACACCUACACACAGCGUGAGGAAACCCCCUCCACCUACACAGAGAGAGGGAUCAUCCCAUCCACCUACACAGCAUACAGGGGGUCUUCCAUCCAAGUCACCAAGAUCCCGGGCUGCAGAGGAGGGCUGCUCACUCCACAAGGGGACACCUUGAACUUCAGGCAGCCCAUGGAAGUGCACAAAGCAGGGAUAAGAGAAUCCUCUGGAGAAUGCACCAGGUGAAUGAGAAGUAGCACAUGGACUGUACUACUCCUUUCCUAGGAGCCUUCUCCUGCAGUUGUGAAGGUUCAGCUGACUGCCAAUAAGGAUCCAGCACAUACACAAUCUGGAUUGUACAAUCUCCUUGGAUCAUUUUAGAAGAUUAAAACACUUUUGUUUGUUUUAAAACUGAGGACCAUAAAAGCCCCACAGGUGGUUGGUCCAUUGAAGAACCUCCCUCACCAUCUUGGGGGCAGUUAGAAGUUCUCCUGUACCUGGAUGUGUCUGGUUCCUUACAUACUGACAGUGGAGACCCAAGACUUGUACAGCCCUCAGAUGGUUCUUUUCAUGUGUUUUUACAUAUCCCCCUAGGCUGUGGACACAUUGUCCAGAUAUGAAGCUGGGAUUUCUCCUUACUUCCAGACAUCUCCUCUGGAUCCUCAUAGCCCCUCCAUUGAUGGCUUUUGCAGAAUGUGACAAGGAGUCUUAUUCAAGCCUUUUGAAUAAAUUUUGCCUAUUACAAUUCCAAUUAAGGAUGGAGGAGUUAGGAACGAAGCUGUGGUGCGACUGGGAGGCAACAACAGAGAUAUACACUGAAGUCACAAACUGUACCAUCUUACUGGCGUUCUAUCAGAACUGCUAUUGGCCAAACUACGUAGUGGAUAAGUUCUUCACAGGUGUUCAUAAGAAGUAUUUCCACGACUGUGCCCUGACUGGCAGGCUGCCAGCUGACCCUCCACUGCCCAUCCUGUGCUCUUUCAUCUUUAUCCCUGUCCUUAUAACACUUCUUAUGACAGGAUUGGUUGUAUGGAGAAGCAAGCGCAGUGAAGGAAUUGUUUGACGACAGAUUGGACCACUAUAGACCCUCAUAUCUGAAGAUUACCUUUUCAGCAAAGUUUGGGGGGAGAGAAGAAAACCAGUGACAAUAGUUCCACAGUGUUAUCUAGUCUUCAGAUUGAAGCUGUACUGGGCCAUCUGAAAGUAUUAAAGAACACAACCCUAUGUCUGGCUGAACAAGACAAGACAGUGAAAACAGGAAGAUGCUGUAGUAAUACUUAGAUUGAUCUGCAAAGACUAGCGUUUUUUAUAAUAAACUACAAGACACAUGUUUAACUUAAAAACGGUUGCCGUCCCCUUGAAAAAAAAACAAAAAACCGUAAGACUGCCAGUUACAGUCUGGUCACUAGGACCUCCUUCUGAUCCCCGGGACCCUACAGUGCUAACUAUGAAUGGAGAAGUGGUCACUCGAUUAAAAUGGAUGGGAGAUAACAUUUAGCGGGGGCUGGUAUGGGCACGUUUUCAUUGAUGAUCAGUCCUGAAAUAACAGAUGUAUGUGAUGAGGAGUCACAGAUGUUCACUCUCCACUGGCCAUGUAGCAUGCACAUACUCUGGUAUUGCAAAAAGUAUAACAAUAAAGUCAUCAAUGAGUUUUCCGUAGCUAAGUAAAGCAAAAAGCAUUCAAAUAAUAUCUGACAUUAAUCAGUAGUCAGAGAUAUUCUAUAUCAUACGUGUUUGGGAUAUUCUGAAUACUGACCACAGUUCAGUGGGUGACCCUUCUCCCUCCCCCUUUAUAAACACAAUAUGGGUUGUGUUGUGCAGGUACAAUAAUAUUUAAAGAGUCAUUAUCCUCAGAAUUGUGAAGUAUAUUUCAGGAUUUAUAACAGCUUUAAAGGAAGCAGAAAAUAAUCUAUUUUGUAUUAUUAAAAAUUCAAAAAUGUCUAUUUUAUUUUUUUCUGUUACUUGUAAUA